AUGUACAUGAUGAGGCUGAGGUCCAGGAGUAGAGAAAGAAGGGAGAGACAAAGGGAGGACGAGGUGAAACUUGAGGAGAGUGAAAUGAUUCCAAAGUCAGGAAAGUCUCCAGCAGACUCACGGAAAAGUGUCGGCAUUCAUGAGUUCGCAGCACUUGCCAGAUCCUCCUUAAAUGGUAUCUCACAGGCAGUGAGGGACCAUGUGACAAAGCCCACCUCCCUGGCUCAGGGCCGGGUCGCCCACCUCAUAGAGUGGAAAGGUUGGCCCAAACCUGUGGACCCUCCACCGGCUGCCCACUCCCACUUCAGCUCCUACUGCCAUCUGACCGAAGGAGAGAAGGAGGCCCGGUUUGCUGCAGGAGUGGCUGAGCAGUUUGCCAUCGCUGAGGCUAAGCUGCGUGCCUGGGCGUCUAUGGAUGAUGACGAUGAGGAAGACUCCAACGACGAAGACUCCCACAACAACGGACAGACUCUCACCUUCUCCAGCCAGAGUUCAGACACCGCCACAUCCAAUCCUAUCACCGCAGCGCCAGGCCAGCCUGAGGUUGACGCCAGUGAGGCGCCGCCCUCCGGCAGCCCCUUGGGCUCCAGCAGCAGCAGCGGCAGCCUGCCCUGUGGUAGGCCUGCAUCUCACAAUGACCCACAUUCAUCCCAGACAAAUUCACCUACUUUAGCAAGCGACUGCAUGAGUCCAUUCCUGGAGGAAGAGGAGGAGAGGCUGGGUGGUCAUGAGGAGCAGGUGGCUCCUUUGCGGGACCAGCGGAGUGAGGUCUGUGUCCACCACAAGCCUGAGUGGAGGCCUCGGGGCAGGAGCAGCAGGUUUGACUCCUGCUACUCCACCUCUCACUCCGAAUCUCCAGGAGAGGAGGAUGAGGAGGACGAGGAAGAGGAAGGCAGCGUGUUUCAUGAGGUUCGGGUGUGGCACUGCAGCCGGAGGAGCUUCUUCUCUGACCGGGCUUCUUCUGGAGUGGCCUCGUUCGAUGAGGAGGAGGAGGAGAGGGAUGAAGUAGAGGAGAAGAGGGAGGAAAAAGAGUAUUUGAUGUGAUGUGUUGUCCAUCUUUAUGUCUCUUUGAGUCUGUGUUGAUUCUGGAUAUGACAUAAUCAAUUCUGCUUUCACUGUAAACCUCUCUCCUCCUCCUCCUCCUCUCCUUUCCUUCCUCUGAUCAUCUUUCCUCCACUCGCUGCCUUCUGCCUCUCAUCCUCCAGGCCUUUCAUGUACUGAUCUCACUCAUACCGUUUAUUGCUGCUGUAAACAGUAUACGUGUUGGAGAGUUCAACCAGAAUGUAAAGCUGUUGUUCAAACUGAGUUUUGUACAUUUUUUUGUGAAGAGUCAUGUGUUGCUAUUGCAUUGGUUUUCUAUGGAUAUUUUGUAGUGUUGUUUUAUUCUGGGUCAUGCUGU